AGAGCCGCGCCAGAGGCCCCAGCGCGGCCCGCGGUCCCCUGCCGGCCGGCUCGCGUUAGCUGCUGGAAUCCUGCGAGGUUUCCACCGCCGAGGCCUGGUCUCCUGAGUCAGUGGCGUUGUGGUUCGAAAGCAAUGGAAGAAAAGGAGCGAUGUGACCGAGCCCGUUCGGUCCGGCCUUGAGGCCUGCUUGGCAUUUGCGGAGAAGAAAAUUCAGCCAGAAAAUCGUGGGGAUUUGGAUGGGGGGCGGGAGGGAGGUGGGAGAAGGGGAACAUGGUCUUAGAUUUUCUAUGAUUUUUUUAUAAUUCUGCACUUUGACAGCGGUGGUGAAAUAAACUCGUCCAAAAGUUAUUUUUCUAUAGAGAAGAGAGAAGAGGUGGGUUUUUCUCCCUUUUGAUUCCAACCUUUUCUCCCCGUGACAAAGCAUAAAUCAUGGACCCCAGAGCAUAAGGUGGACCUCAGGAAUCCUGGAAAGACUUAGAGGCUUACAUUCUUCCUCAGGAAGGGAGGGUAGGGUGUUUUCAGCCCUCUCUGGAACCUAAAACGAAAAAACAUGAGUUGCGUGCCAUGGAAAGGAGACAAGGCCAAAUCUGAAUCCUUGGAGCUGCCUCAGGCAGCGCCCCCACAAAUCUACCAUGAGAAACAGCGCAGGGAGCUUUGUGCCCUGCAUGCCCUCAAUAACGUCUUCCAGGACGGCAAUGCCUUCACUCGGGACACGCUGCAAGAGAUUUUCCAGAGGUUGUCCCCAAACACCAUGGUGACGCCCCACAAGAAGAGCAUGCUGGGGAAUGGGAACUAUGACGUGAACGUCAUCAUGGCAGCACUUCAGACCAAAGGCUACGAAGCUGUCUGGUGGGACAAGCGCAGGGACGUCAGUGCCAUUGCUCUCACGAAUGUCAUGGGCUUCAUUAUGAACCUGCCCUCCAGCCUGUGCUGGGGUCCACUGAAGCUGCCCCUCAAACGGCAGCACUGGAUUUGUGUUCGAGAGGUGGGAGGCGCCUACUACAACCUUGACUCCAAGCUGAAGAUGCCCGAGUGGAUUGGAGGGGAGAGCGAGCUCAGGAAAUUUCUAAAACAACAUCUGCGAGGAAAGAACUGUGAACUCCUGCUGGUGGUUCCAGAAGAGGUGGAAGCCCGUCAGAGCUGGAGGGCUGAUGUGUAACAAGGUUCCACCCAGCUCCCUCACCUGCCUCCUCGUCCUCUGUGAUGUGCCGGGGCCUGUACAGCGGGCCUGCCCCUGCCACUCCCCCAGACAUCUCACCGGGUUUCCCCCAGACUUGACAGUGCAAUAGGCAGAUGUGUGGAUUGUCACAAGAACCAACCAGCAUUACGCAUUCCUGGGAAAGGAAGGCGGGAGCUCUGUGCACGUAGGGUGAGCCGUGGAAGACCCUGGUUUUAGUUCAGAGAGGAGAAGGGAAGGUGGGUCCAGCUUACUUCCUCCUUCCCUGUGAGGACUUGACAGGCUCUGCUGGAGUUCACCACUGCUCUGACUCACCUGGAGAUGCUGCCUCCACUUCCCCCUUCCUGGCAACCAGUGGGUCUGAAGACAGUACAUGCACAGCCCAUGUGACUGACUUGAAGGACCCAGAGCUUCAGGGCCUCUCAGGAAACCAUCUCCAAACCCCCAGCAGUGGUACGGCAUGCCAUCUCCUGCCCCUAAUGCCAACCCUGACCCCCAUUUUUAAGGGUGGUUUAUGGCCAUCCUUGGAGUUUUACAAUGAAAAGUUCUCCCGUGGUCCACGCUGGUGGUUGGGCCCUGCCAUGUUCUAGUGUGACAGCGGGCUCUGUCCUUAUGAGGAGGUGGCAAAAGCCAAACAGACAGGCUGGCUCAUCUGCCCUGCUUUGGGCUGUGCCUGCCUCUUAACUACGCAGGGAAGGAGGUUCGGGGGCAUGAGCCAGGCCAAAAGGCAGUCCCCAGCGACGCCCUCUUGGCAAAAUCAGGACAAGUCUACCUUCAACAGCAAAUUCCACUAGUUUGAGACAGGUUGGGUGAGGCAAGUAACAGCCCUCUCGGGACACUGAGGAUGAGAGUGGCAGUUCAGGCUGGGCGUCACUGUGGUGACGGGCAGCAGGGCGCCGGGUUGGGUGUUACAUGCAUUAUUUAGGGUUAGGGGAUCUGGGUCUGCCACCUUUCGUAGUUUCCUUUCCAAGUCAACGGAGAAUCGACCCAGCCCCAACCUCUUUGAGUAGAUGUGGGCCCCUUUUCUCAUGUUUUUUGAAAACGAGACGGAGUGUCAUACCGCUCCAUGUCACCGAGGCAGGUGGGCAGAUGGGACUGGCCUGUCUGUCCCUUCAGGUCAAUGGUCUCGGCAGGUCUGAGAGCUGCCCCGCUGGCCAGACUUCUCUCCAGCCGCAAAGCCAGCCCGGGGCUUGCAUGUCGAGCCUGAGUAAGCUUCACGGGACGAAGCCGAGGCUUUCUCCCCACUGUGACUGGAGUGCAUGUUUACACCAGCACUUUUUCUGCACAUGUAUCUUUAAUCCAACAAGGCCGUUUUUUAUGCUGAGUAACAGAGGCCCCCAAGCGGCUACUGCGUUACACCCUCAGCAGCUGGCUGCAGUCAGUCUCUGCACUGUCCUCUACACCAGACCUGCUUGGCGCCACAGGGAGCGCGCUGCCCUGCACAAUGACAUUCCAGUCACCACCAGCCAGAAGUCACAGUCAACCUGCUGAUUGUUGCAAGCAGGCCCUCGGUCCACUGGCACUGUCAGAGAUUGUAAGCCAUUUCCUGGGAAGAGGAGGAAACUCCUCUCCACCAUUCUGCUUGGGCCUGUGCAAAUGGCACUUCAAAGGAGUCCCCAGGCACUUGGAGUCCAUGAGCCAUGGGAUAUGCAAAGCCGCUUACACAUUUCAGGGCUGGUUUCUCUGUUCAAUCCGAUUCUGGUGCUUAGGAACAGGGACCCACGCGGAUGCCCAAGGGCAAAACGCCCCACUUUAAGAAAGGGGACAGGCCUGGUCCUGACGCCCAGUGUGGGGCAACCCUAGGCUUUUUCUCUUGCUUUUAUUCCUUUUUGUUGGCCUUGUGCUAGGUUUGUUUACAAAAGAUGUAUUUUGUUUAACCAAAUAUUAAAAAUGGAAAACUGUACACAAAUCUUGACUGCCUUAAUCAUGUACUGAUGUACGUCUAGGGGAGAAAAGCAAACUUGACUAUGCUGCUGCUGUGAGGAGGUCAAGCCUCUUGAAGCUUCUUCCAGGGAUCCUGAGCUUUGGUCAGACCUCUCGCUUCGGAAGAUCAGACAAAAUAUUCAGAGUUUGGCUUAAAAGAAACACAAAGUGCUUUUCAAUUUAGUUUACAAAACACUGGACUUGGUGGUUUGAAGAAUCUUAACCCUAAUCUAAGCACAAGGGUUUGCCAGCACUGACGAGGGUUCAGUAGUCGACAAGUAGGUCCCACAUCUCAGGAGGACCCUGCACCCAGUGCACAGGAGUCGGACUGUCUAGAUUUGAUUCAAAUCAGGCAUUUCCUGCGUGGCCUUGUAGGGAUGGAUGUUUUUAUGGCUGUUUCCUCUGCAAAGUAGAGUACACACUAUUCCUGGACUUAAGGCUAAGUAAGUUCUGUCCCAACAAGCCCAUGUAAAGUUGAAAACAGGAGUAAAAACACACAUCUAACACGCCUAACCUCGCAACCACAGGUGAGGAUGCCCAGGGCACUUUCAUUAGCAGUUGAGCAAACAUAAAGCCUACGUUAUGAUGGUGUUGAAUAGCUCAUGUAACUUAAAACUGAAGGUCUGUAGAAUGUCACUUGUUCACCCCUUUGUCCGGGUGAGGGGGCCGAUAGGCUGUGCCCCUGCCCAGCAUUACUGUAGGAUCCCACGCCAUACAGGGAAAAUAAAAAACAGUAAAAGUUUAUGUACGGUUUCCAUUGAAGGUGCCUGUCACCAUCAAAAAACGCAAAUCAGGGGCCUCCUGGUGGUGCAAGGGGUUAAGUCUCAGCACUAUGACGCUAUCAGCAGCCACUGCAGCAGAGUUUGAUACCCAGCCAGGGAGCUACCCACAUGGCACAGCAGACCUCUCCUGUCUUGCCUGCUGUUCAACCUACCAGUGUAUUUGUCAGUCCGCCUGUUCUGUUCCCCACUCUGUCUCUGGUGAAUGCUCUCACCACCUCCCCACCCACCUCUGGCCUACACCCCAGCUCUUGUAUGCAUAAAUAAAAU